GCCGCGCCGCCGCCGCCGCGCCAUGUCGGGCUCCCCGGUGAAGCGCGCGAGGAUGGACAGCGUCCUGGAGCAGCUGCGGCAGCUCACCACCGUGGUGGCCGACACCGGCGACUUCCACGCCAUCGAGGAAUACAAGCCCCAGGACGCCACCACCAAUCCAUCCCUGAUCCUGGCCGCCGCCCAGAUGCCCGCCUACCAGGACCUGGUGGAGGAGGCCAUGGCCUAUGGCAGGAAACUGGGCGGGUCCCAAGAGGAGCAGAUUAAAAACGCGAUGGAUAAGCUCUUCGUGGUGUUUGGAGCAGAGAUACUGAAGAAGAUUCCGGGCCGCGUGUCCACGGAAGUAGACGCAAGGCUCUCCUUCGACAAGGCGGCCAUGGUGGCCCGGGCCCGGCGCCUCAUCGAGCUGUACCAGGAGGUGGGGGUCAGCAAGGACCGGAUCCUCAUCAAGCUCUCGUCCACCUGGGAGGGCAUCCAGGCUGGGAAGGAGCUGGAGGAGCAGCACGGCAUCCACUGCAACAUGACGCUGCUCUUCUCCUUCGCCCAGGCCGUGGCCUGUGCCGAGGCGGGGGUGACGCUCAUCUCCCCAUUCGUGGGGCGCAUCCUCGACUGGCAUGUGGCCAACACGGGCAAGAAAUCGUAUGAGCCCCUGGAGGAUCCCGGCGUGCGGAGCGUCACCAAGAUCUACAACUACUACAAGAAGUUCGGCUACAAGACCAUCGUCAUGGGCGCCUCCUUUCGGAACACGGGCGAGAUCAAGGCGCUCGCGGGCUGCGACUUCCUCACCAUCUCGCCCAAGCUGCUGGGCGAGCUGCUCAAGGACACGUCCAAGCUGACGCCCGCGCUCUCGGCCAAGGCGGCCCAGGCCAGUGACCUGGAGCAGCUGCACCUGGACGAGGCGGCCUUCCGCUGGCUGCACAACGAGGACCAGAUGGCCGUGGAGAAGCUCUCGGACGGGAUCCGCAAGUUCGCGGCCGACGCCCUGAAGCUGGAGCGGAUGCUGACGGAGCGGAUGUUCAGCGCCGAGAACGGGAAGUAACGCCGGAGCCGCAGCGGCCCAUCGCGCGGGUGACCAGUCCUGCGCCUGGACGGCGGGCGGGUGGGCGGGCA